UUUUUUUUUUUUUUUUUUUUUUUCAUCAGACGUGGUCAAGCUACAUUUUCGCAUUGUUUUGGGCCGAUUCAAUAUUGAGAUUGCGAAGUUAAAAAUUGACUUCACCUACUUCACAGAUUCCGUCUCCUGACUUUUUCGAAUUCCAUGAUGCAACUAACUCAAAGAAGGUUUAAGCUUCCGUUAAAAAAUUCUUUAUACGAAGGUUGUUUUUAUUGUUAUGUUAUACAUUGUUCUAAAACAUAAAACUAUUUCUUUAUAACCUCCAGACAUCUACUUCUUUUAACCCCAUCUUUGUAGUCUCCCGCCGAAACGAAUGUUCAGAAAAACAAUAAACAACAACAUUAAAUAUAUUGCUAGACUUUGGCUGAUUCUGAUUGUAACUUUAGGUUGUUCUUGUUACAGAAAAUUCGAUUAUUUGGAAAUUGAAUUUAUGUACUUCAAGUAACUGCAGAAUGAAUACGAAAAGGAAGGCUAACGUAAAUGGGAAACCCUUGCCUCCAAUAAAAACCAAGAAACUCCGGAUGGAAGACGACGAGGACGACGAGAAUGACUACCCCGGCUCGUUCGAGGCGGACCUCGCCUACAUGGAGCAGCUGGAGAGCGAGGCCCAUCAGCCGGAGGGCGGUGAGCUCGGCGGAGAGGGCCCAGAAACAAAGGCAACGUCGGCGCGAUGGAGCCGCCCUGCCCCGCCUCCCUUGGAUCCACAGAAGGAUUCUUUGGUGUUCCAGCAGAUUGACAUAGACCAUUACACGGGUCAGCCGCGACCCGGCAUGCCCGGGGCCCAGCACGGCGCCGUGCCCAUCAUGAGGAUGUACGGGGUCACCGCAGACGGCAACUCCGUCUGCUGCCACGUGUACGGGUUCUCUCCGUACUUCUUCGUGCGCGCCCCGGAAGGCUUCACCGACAGCCACUGCGAACCUUUCCGGAGAGCCCUGGACAAGGCCGUGUUGGCGGACAUGCGGUCCAACAAGGGCGAGGUGCGGGAGGCGGUGCUGGCGGCGGAGCUGGUCCGCCGGCAGGGCCUGGUGGGCUACUGCGGGGACGCCCCCCAGCAGUUCCUCAAGAUCACCCUGGCGCUGCCCCGCCUGGUGGCCGCCGCCAAGCGCCUGCUGGAGAAGGAGGUCGUGUACCCGGAGCCCUCCAUGAGCCACCACACCUACCAGGCGUUCGAGUCCAACAUCGACUUCGACAUCAGGUUCAUGGUGGACGCGGAGCUGGUGGGCUGCAGCUGGGUGGAGCUGCCCGCCGGCAAGUGGCGCUUGCGGCGUGCGGCCGAACACGCAUCCCGCUGCCAGCUGGAGGCCGAGGUGUCCUGGGAGCUGCUGGUGUCGCACCCGCCGGAGGGCGAGUGGAGCAAGGUGGCGCCCUUCCGCAUCCUCAGCUUUGACAUUGAGUGCGCCGGCCGCAAAGGAGUCUUCCCCGAGCCCGAACACGACCCGGUGAUCCAGAUCGCCAGCAUGAUGCUGUGCCAAGGGAACCACGAGCCCAGCAUCCGCACCGUGUUCACACUGAACUCGUGCGCACCGAUAGUGGGCAGCCAGGUGAUCAGCUUCAGCAGCGAGAGAGAGAUGCUCGAGAAAUGGGGAGACUUUGUCCGAGAAAUUGAUCCAGACAUCAUCACAGGAUACAACAUCAAUAACUUUGAUAUACCAUACCUCAUUAAUCGAUCCAAGCACUUAAAAGUGAAGAACUUCACGUACCUUGGUAGGAUUAAAAACAUUCAGUCUGUGAUAAAGGAUCAGGUGCUGCAGAGCAAGCAAAUGGGCAGGCGCGAAAAUAAACACGUCAACUUUGAAGGUCGUGUGCCGUUUGAUCUGUUUCUUGUGCUGGUACGCGAUUACAAACUGCGUUCUUACACCCUGAAUGCCGUCAGCUACCACUUCCUGCAAGAACAGAAGGAAGAUGUACACCACUCCAUCAUAACUGAUCUCCAGAAUGGCAACUCGCAAACAAGGAGAAGGCUGGCCGUGUACUGCCUGAAGGACGCCUACCUGCCGCUGCGUCUCCUCGACAAGCUGAUGUGCAUCAUCAACUACAUGGAGAUGGCGAGGGUGACGGGGGUGUCCCUGUCGUGCCUGCUCACCCGGGGCCAGCAGAUCAAGGUCAUCUCCCAGCUGCUCCGCAAGGCCCGGGAGAGCGGCUACCUGAUGCCGGCGUACGGAAGCGGCGUGCAGGAGGAGCAGUUCGAGGGCGCGACCGUGAUCGAGCCCCGGAAGGGCUACUACUCCGACCCCAUCACCACGCUCGACUUCAGCUCGCUGUACCCCAGCAUCAUGAUGGCCCACAACCUGUGCUACACCACGCUGGUGCAAGGCCCUAAGGAGAAGCUGGGCCUGACGCCCGACCAGUGCAUCAAGACGCCGGCGUCCAACGUGUUCGUGAAGGCGUCGGUGCGCAAGGGGCUGCUGCCGGCCAUCUUGGAGAGCCUGCUGUCCGCCCGCAAGAAGGCCAAGACGGACCUCAAGAACGAGACGGACCCGUUCAAGAGGAAGGUGCUGGACGGGCGGCAGCUCGCGCUCAAGAUCAGCGCCAACUCCGUCUACGGCUUCACCGGCGCCCAGGUCGGCAAACUGCCCUGCCUCGAGAUAUCGGGGAGUGUCACAUCUUACGGUCGUGCUAUGAUUGAGCAGACAAAACAAGAAGUAGAGCAACGUUAUUGCAUUGCCAAUGGCUACAAGCAUGAUGCUUCGGUAAUCUAUGGUGACACAGAUUCUGUGAUGAUCAAAUUUGGAGUCAGCACCCUAGAGGAAGCGAUGGAGUUGGGUCGUGAAGCUGCCGACUUUGUCAGCUCCAAGUUCAUCAGCCCCAUUCGACUGGAGUUUGAGAAAGUCUACUUCCCUUACCUGCUGAUAAACAAGAAACGCUAUGCAGGGUUGUACUUCACGCGGCCGGACAAGUACGACAAAAUGGACUGCAAAGGAAUUGAGACAGUGCGGCGUGACAACUGCCCCCUUGUGGCCAACAUGAUGAACACUUGUCUUCGGAAGCUACUGAUUGAGAGGGACCCGGAAGGAGCCGUGGCGUACACGAAGCAGGUGAUCUCGGACCUGCUGUGCAACCGCGUGGACGUGUCGCAGCUGGUGAUAACGAAGGAGCUGACGAAGAACGACUACGCAGCCAAGCAGGCCCACGUGGAGCUCGCCAGCAAGAUGAGGAAGCGCGACCCGGGCACGGCCCCCAAGCUCGGAGACAGGGUGCCCUACGUCAUCGUCUCGGCCGCCAAGAACACGCCGGCGUACAUGAAGGCGGAGGACCCAAUCUACGUCCUGGAGAACAGCAUACCUAUAGACUCCACAUAUUAUCUGGAGAACCAGCUGUCGAAACCACUGCUAAGGAUAUUUACUCCAAUUCUGGGAGAGAAAGCAGAGUCUAUACUUCUUAAGGGCGAUCACACGCGCACCAAGUCUGUGCUGACGUCGUCGACCGGCGCGCUGGCCGCCUUCAUCCGCAAGAAGGACACGUGCCUGGGCUGCAAGUCCGUGCUGCCGGACGGGCGGCCGCUGUGCCGGCACUGCGCGCCGCGCCUGCCCGAGAUAUACGGCACGGAGCUGUCCAGGUUCUCUGGCCUGGAGGACAGCUUCGCCCGCCUCUGGACCGAGUGCCAGCGCUGCCAGGCCAGCCUGCACGAGGAGGUCAUAUGCACCAGCCGAGACUGUCCUAUUUUCUACAUGCGCAAGAAGGUGCAGAUUGAGUUGGGGAAGCAGAACACACUGAUACAGAGGUUCAAGUGUCCCACGUGGUGACAUGUGCAGGUGUACCAAGGACAGUAUUGUAAUCAUCGCUGCCACUUUUUUUUAAUCAAGCAUGUUUUUAAAUGCUUUGGCAAUUUGUUUUCUUUUAUCUGUUCUGAAUAUGAUUAAGUUGUUUUAACUUUAAAUGUUCUUUUAAGUUAUACCUUUGAAUACAGUUGAGACUUUUGUA